UUCCACCAUCCUUCACGAUCCAAUUUUUUCCUUGUCUUUUGUAAUGGAUUGUCACACGGCAAGGCUGAUCUAAUUGCACAUCAUAACAAAGAACCCCAAAUUCCAACCAUAGGCCCGACGAUAGACGCCGCAAUCCCACAAAUGAUACCAGCGUAUCUGCGUAUCCGACACCGAUGAGGGUCUCAUCAACGGGGUUGCCACACUCUUAUCACAUGUUCCUCCUAUUGGUACCUAUAGGUAAUGCAUAUUGGCAUCAGUCCAUUCACAAAACUGGGUUUGACUGUCACCAUCGCAAGACUGACGUCCGACUGGCCCCACUGCUGCCCCCCCAAGCAGUAUCAGAGCAUCAGAGAUUCACAUUGUCAUCGGCCCUGUCAGUGUUAGUGACACCCGUUCUGGCCUUCCUAGUUGUCCCCAGUAGUUCCCCUAUCUGGCACGCCGAGUAUCCGGGGCCCAGUAUCGGCCACGGCUCGGCGUAAGCCGCCCUGCGUUGUGAUAUCAUGAAAUCAAAUAAAUACGUCCAUGAGCCAUUUCCCGUUUCCAGCUUUGUCCCGUUCAUGGAGGCCCUAAUACUCGCUAAAGGGGCA